GAGAGAGAGAGAGAGAGAGAGAGAGUGACUGGAUGUGUGUAUGUGUGACGGCAGCCUGUCGUGGUUUCAUGCCAAACUUGGAAAUGCCACAAGUAUUCGUCCAGCAGCGUCGUCUUCGGUUUUGAUGGGAGAAUGUCGCCAUUCAGGGUGAAAAGGGAAAGGAGACCUGCUGCGCUGCAUUAAAGCUCUGCAAUAGCCCGACAGUAUGGCACACAAAAUGUAUGAAGACGCUGAAAUAUAACAUAAAGCAAGAGGCUUUGGGAAUAACCGGUGGAAAACAGAAGCAGUUCCUAACGGGAGACAUGCAUGUGCCAUGAUUGCGGGCUACCAGGACAAAAUGUUUGUGAAUAAUAUUUAUCUCGCAAUAUACAGCACCUGAAGUUCAAAGAGAAGUUUUUUAUGUGUGUAAUUUAGUAACUGAAUUAAAUAUGUUAAUGAUCGACAUCAGAUCCCAAUGCGCUGUAAUAAUUCUGGGCAAAAUACCCACAUUUUAAAACUCGCAAUGUGGUAAACAGCAAAGUUAAGAACAGGUGGAUACUUCACAUACUUUGAGUACUUAAUUCGGACAUUUUAUUUGGGGAAGAAAAUACUUUUUUCAGCAGAACAUGUUCCUUUUUGUAUACUCCGUUGUGUUGCUGCUCUUUGGUUGUGACAUAUUUUUGGUGGGAGCAAACCGGCCCCCAGCUCCUGUCAACGUCUCCGUCAUGCACCUGAGGGCAGACUCGGCCACCGUGUCUUGGGAUGUCCCCGAGGGGGAUGUCAUCAUUGGCUUUUCCAUCUCGCAGCAGAGGCAGGAUGGCCAGAUGCAGAGGUUCAUCAGGGAGGUGAACACCACCAGCCGCACCUGCGUCCUCUGGGACCUGGAGGAGGAGACGGACUACAUCAUCCAGGUUCAGUCCAUCGGACUCUAUGGGGAGAGCCAGGCGAGCAAGCGUGUUCACUUCAGAACCCUGAAGAAGUCAGACCGAUUCCCAUCCAACAGCUCCAACCAAGACGAUCCAACAGUGCAGGGUUUAGAUAAGUCCAGAAACCUCCAAACAGGAGAGAUGAUCAUCAUCGUCGUGGUGUUGCUGAUGUGGGCAGCUGUGAUCGCCCUGUUCUGCCGGCAGUAUGACAUUAUCAAGGACAACGACUCCAGCAACAGCAAGGAGAAGGUGAAGCCAUGCUCGGAGCGGAGCACGCCGGAGCACCACAGUGGGGGCCUGCUCAGGAGCAAGUUUCACCCAUCCGUCCCCUCCAUCAACAUCAUCGAAGUCUGAAGCGACGAACAUCCGCCAGGAGUUUAUGAUGGAGAUCAAGGAUGGAGAUCAAGGAUGGAGGUCAAGGAUGGAGAUCGGCAAACCCACACACCGUGAAAACUGGAUUUCUCAUAUGGUGGAUCUGCUGCCAGGGAUUACCAGCAAUGUUUCAAACUUACUCUCAGAAUGUAUUUUUGCUACCCCCCCCCC